CUGGAAAUGAACACGAUCAAAGAUGGCAGAUAAAGUUUAGGUGUUUUACAGGUAAGAAAUGAAUAAGUUUAUGCGGAGAUUUUCUUCAAAAUGUUGACUUAUUUUGCUAUUCAGAUUGUAUUGCAUUGAAUUUAGAGUUCUGUUUGAUUUCUAACCUCCUUUUAGGUGUAAAUUGUGAUGCAUUUUUAUAAAGCUUUCGUCAUGUUCGUAACUGCGCUGUCACAAAUAUUUCACUAUUUCACUAAACAAGUUCUUUAAAGGUGUGCUGUGUUAUUAAAAGGUUCUGUCAUCAAGCAGCACAUAACUCUGUCUUAUUUUUUAUUUAGGUUGAUACUUAAGAAUGGGCCUCUUGUCAGAUGUUCAUCAGCGCAAGAAAGUGGUGGAUAUUUUAGUCAAACAUUGCUCAAAAUUAUGGUACCAACUUUAGAAAUAACUUUUGUAAAUUUAAUUGUAAAAGCAAUCCGGUUGUAAGUGUGGGUGCAACAACGAUGGGGAAGUGAAACAUACACAAAAAUAUCAGGGUUAUUUCAUUUACUAUUUACUCCACCACCCCCCCCCCUCUCCCCCAACCCCAUCCCCCGAUGAUGACGAACGCAUGUCAGGUACAUUUUCUGAGGGGAUAUAUGUUCAUUGGUGCAUUUUUUAGCACUUUGGGAAUGAACAAUCAUAAUUGUAAAUAGAAGAUAUUACCUGGCCACGCGGAGGUAUGAAAUUUCUCUUUGAGCGUUGAAAAAUAUUUCACGAGUGAGCGCACCGAAUGAGUGAAAUAUUUUUUCAACACGAGAAGAGAAAUUUUGUAUCUCCCAGCAGCCAUGCAAUGUUCUAUUAAUUAUAUAAACACCAAUGAAAAUACCAAACCAUUUCACUUUAAAAGUUUGGUGUGAAAGGCGCGAUUUAUUAUGUAGCCACAGCAAAGGUAAUGUUUUCACAUGUGAAGAUAAUAUGUUAUUUUCACAUGUGAAGAUAUCAAGUUUUCAUGCACAAAAGCUCACCUGGUAUUUCAUUGGUGUUAAUAUAUAAUAAUAAUGAUCAUUAUUUUUCCAAUGAAACCUCUUUUUCAUGAGCCCCACCCACAUCUAACUACUGGUCUUUGGCUAAUGGCCCACUCAGUCCUUAGAAUCUUACUUACAAAGUUUUAUCCUUAAUGGUUCUUUUACAGUAUUGUUAGCUAUCUUGCUGGUAUAAUCUGGCUGUGUGCUCUGUCAGAUCGUGCAUUCAAUGACCGAGUUUAUUUUUCUGAAAAUGCUUUGUUGCCUGGACUGGUUGAAGCUGAAUUCAAGAGUCACAGACUUGCUUCUGAAUUGUUCAAAAAACUUUCUACAUUACCUGAAGCGGACAUGAGGUUUGUCUAUUUUCUUUAGCAACAUUUUUUUGGCCACUCAAUAAAACAAAGAAACUACAGAUGAAUGUAUUUAUCAUUCAAGUGUCUACUGUUCAGCAAUAUUAUCCUAAAUGGUAGUUAUUUGGGUGGGGUCUGGGUAGAGGUUGUGCUACAUGUACAGAGGUCUUUAAACCCCGACCCUGUUUAAGACAAAAAUAAUUUUUGUCUUUUCUUUUCACCACCUUUUUUGACAAGAUUUCAUAAUUUGAUGAUCCCGAUUCUUACAAAAAAAAAGUAAAAAAAUAAAUUGUCGGUACCGUACUUGUAGACCCCUUAUCACCAACCUUCACACUCUUUUAACUGUUAAGUCCCAAGAGUGACAAACAUCAAUUUCCUGUUACAAUAUUAAUACACAAAUCAAGAGAAUAGGUUGUGAGAAUUAACAAACUAAUCACCUGAGUGAAAAUGCUUUGAUCUUUUAUCAAAUUCUCUCAACUUAUUCCUUAUAGAAAUGUAUAGUAGACCAGUUUGGAGAAUUUGUAUGUGAAUACUGGGGCUUAAAAGUGUUAGAGGAUGCCUGUCCAAAAAGACACCUUGUUCAAGAUGCUAAAUACUGAAAAAUUGUGUACCCUGUUUCAACAUCCUUUAAACCCUAUUUUUUAAUUCUUGUAAAUUUGUCAUUUUUGAACACCUUUAUUCAAAACAUUUUCAGCAAAGCUGCAUCAGAGAUGAUUGCAAAUGCAAUGGAAAACAGCGGCCUGCAGACAUACCACCAGAAUUUUACAGUUCACAUGCCAUUUGCUGGAAUAAUGGAGCCUCAUUCAUCAAUGGGUGUUAAUAUUUAUGGAAUUCUUAGAGCUCCCAGAAUAGCAGGAACUGAGGCUGUGGUAAUCAGUGUUCCUUAUGAUCAAGGAAAUAAUAAAGGGGCAUUGGCUUUAAUGUUGGCAUUUGCUGACCACUGCCGAAGUAAGUUUUAAAUUUCUCUGUACCUGUCAUGACUUCACACAGCUUUAAUCCUUCAUCGGACUAAUAAAUUUUAGGAGACGAUAGUUGUUGCACGAGGUUAAGUAAAAUAUCGUGAUUUGUCAGUGGUGAGCUGAUCAAUUAUUUGCCAAAGCCGAUGGCUGAGACAAAUAAUUGAUCUGCACUUGAGACACUGACAAAUCAUGAUAUUUUGUGAUUACUGAGUAGUUCAAUAAUCAUUUGAUCACCAAGUUUGUUUUUUAAUGAAUAUCUUUGGGAAGCGAAGCAAUCUGCCAUCGUCACGCAAGAGCAAUCGCAAGCAGGAGAAAAGUGUGUUUUCAUUUACGCAUGAGCAGAGUAUUAUUUGCAGUGAAACACAGUAGGAUGACAUUGCCCAUGAGCGGAGCAUUAUUUGUAGGCAGUUAUUUGUAGGUCACAUGAUGGGCCCUUGGCCAAUGAAAAGGAUUAAAAAUUUGCAUCAAAUUAUAAUACUGAUUGUUCUCCAGUUUUUUUGGCCGCAUCACAGCAACUAUACUGUCAGUAGCACUUGGCAAUGAAACAGAUGUUUCCAACCAUUUUUUCACCUGUGUAUGUGUUUUUUGUCAACUGAUUUGGUAUAGACUGCAAGCGGUUGGCAUUCUAUCCUCAGAGCCAUGUCUCAAAAGAAAAAUAAGAGACUGCUUGCUGUCUAGAUUUGGUACUGUAUUGAGAUUCAAAAGCAUUUGACUCUCAUGGUUUAAAUAGCCAAAGUGUUUUCAAUUAACUCACUUGACAAAGCCUUUUUUUUUUCGUUUUAACCCCUGUAAAUGCAGCACCUCAGUUAAGAAAAUAAUUUUUUUAGCUUAACCUGAAUAAGAAUCAUUGUGGCUCAACUAACAAGCAAUCUCAUCUCUGAGCCAUUUUGUAAAAUGAGUUCCAACCUGUUGCAUGUGGAACAAGAAAGGUAUUUGCGCUGUCCGUUCUGUCUUUAUAUGUCAGCAAUUAGGCUGCAAUGAACCUGCUUAGUAUUGUAAAUAGUAUAUAGUAACCAUUUGCAAUAUUAUUUCAUUGACAUUUAUUUCUACCAAAAACCUUAUUGAAAAUAUUAUGGAGGGUUAUAUUGCAGUUCUGUUUAAUACUAUCUUAACUUCAAAGAAAUAAGUUAGUAACCAGGGCUUGCCUUUAUCUUUUAACCAUUUAAGUCCCAACAGUGACCAACAUCAAUUUUCUCCUAAUGAUACCCAUACAUUGUCAAGAGAUUAGGUUAUGAGAAUAAAUAAAAUGAUCACCAAAGGGAAAAAUGCUUUGAUCUUUUAUCAGAUAACUCAUUCUGUAAGGAAAUGUAAGGAGAUCAGUUUGAAGAAUUUGUAUGUCGAUAUGAGGAUGAGGAUUUGUUUGUGGCUUAAAGGGUUAAGGCAAUGUCACUUGAUUAAAAAGUAGUUUUUGUUUUCAUCCUUUCAAGCCUGUCUUGCUCUUUUUUUAUCAUUAUUCCAGGAAAAAGCUACUGGUCCAAAGACAUCAUAUUUCUAGUAACAGAUAAAGAUCAGUUGGGGAUGCAGGCGUGGCUUGAUGCUUAUCAUGGCAUCUCAAACUCUUGUAAGUAUCCAAGAGCUUAGCCUGCGUAGCGGGCACUAGGAAGUAAAUGGUUGCAAGAAAGUACGGGCGCUUGUUUUUUCUUGUGCCCAUUAUGUCCUCGCGCCUGCUACGCAGGCUACCAAGAACUUUACAUGAACUGAAGGCUAUCAUCUCAUGGUUCUGCAGAAAAUAUAGAGUAGAGAGAGAAAAAAUUAUUGUAGGCCAAAAAAGAUUAGAUCAAAAGGAGCAGAAAGCCGUUCACAUGGGUUAGUGUAUGUGGGGUUAGGUAUGGUUGGGGGUUUCCCACCUACCCCCAGAAACGUUUUUAUUUUAGGAGCUCUGAAAAUUGCAUUUCAGUCCGUUUUGAGCAGUCAUGAAAUUCAGCCAUGUAUGGAGGCAGUGUUUUUUUUUCACCAAUAUCUGCUCUAUUUUUUAUGAUAUGUUGUUUCUAUUUGAAGAAAAGUGUUGAGAAACAAAUACCACCAAUUUAUUCCCCUCUGAAAAAAUAUCUUGUUUGAGCACCCAACUCUUCUGUCUCAGCUAUAUGGCAAUUUUUGCCAGCUGCUGGAGCUUCAGGAAAAUCUGAUCAUCUUUUAGAGAACAUCCCUUGGCUAUGCAAAGGGAAAUACUAUGUGAAAUAAUGAGUAGAGUCGGCCUAUGUAUUUCCCACAGAUAUCUCUUCAGCUCCUCUGGAAGGACACUCUGGCUCUAUUCAGGCAGCACUUAAUUUGGAAUUUGCUGAUGAAAAAGUUAAUCUUUUUGAGAUUGCCAUUGAAGGGAUUAAUGGACAGCUUCCCAACCUUGACUUGGUAAACACUGUAUUUAGGUUGUGUCGCAAGGAGCGUAUCCAAGCCGCUUUACACACAGAGGUAAAUAACUUUACCUGAAUUAACACAUUUAAGCUCUAAUUUAGUCUGGGAACAGGCUCCUUGUUGGGUAUAAAAGGAAGAAAAAUUAGUGGGUCUAGUCCAUUGUAUAUAAUUGUAUUAAUACUUUAUUUUGUGAGUAAUAAUAUCUAUUUCUAAUAAUAAUGUAUUUGCAUAACUUGUUGCCAGGGAUAUCAUGAACACUUAGGGGCUUGGGGAGACUCUGUACAGUCCCUUGUUGCCAUGGUGAUGAUGAUGUUCUACCAAGCUUCUGGAAGGCCAUCCGGCAAUCAUGGGUUAUAUCACAGAUAUCGCAUUGAAGCUCUUACAAUGAGGGGCAGGGGUGAAAGUUGGGAAUAUGGGCAUGGAUUCCUGGAGACAGGAAAGUAUGUACAUAUUAUUAAUAAUUAUUAUUGUUGUUUUAUCAUUCAUUCACGGUUGUCAAACCUGUUGGCAACUUUAGGAGAUAAAGGGUUUUCAGUUCUACAAAUAUUCUCCAAAUAGCAAAUGUUGUCUAUCAAGUUGUCUUCUUGUUGUUUAUUUUGUGUUUUUAGCCAAACAUUUGCCUAUUUCUUCCUUGUGAAUCGAGUAAAAAAGUUCCACCAUUUUGUAUCACUCAAACAACUCAACUUCGUCUCGAGGUUCUCGGUGAACGGUUUUGAUAUCAAUAAUCUGGCAAUUUUGCUGCACGAUUGAUGUCAUUAGUUCAAAAUCACAAAAUUCUUCCAAAUUUGGUCAACAGUAGUUGGUUAUGAUGAAUUAUGUGUGUGAUUUUAGCCAAUCAGAAACAGAGACAUCUUUGGAAUGAAUAAUAAUUAGCAAUUAGUAUCACCUGAAGAAUUAUUUUGGAGAUCAAGGGGAGUGUUGCACUCAAUACCAAAAACAACUCCAACUUGUCCCCAGGUCUUCCUGGAUAACGGUUCAACAAUCUGUCAAUUUUGCUGCAUGAUUGAUGUCAUCAGGUCAAUAUCGCAAAAUUCUUCCUUUUCUUCCUUUUCUUUCUUCUUCCUUUGGUCAACGAUAACUAGUUAUGAUGAUUUUUGCAUGGGAUUUUAGCCACUCCAGCCAGAUGUCUGAUGUUAGGUUCUGUUAUCAGAUGUCUGAUGUCAGCCGUCUGAUGUCAGAUGUGUGUUGUCAAACGUCUAAUUUUAGACGUCUGAUUUCAGGUGUCUGUUGUCAGACGUCUGAUUUCAUGUGUCUGAUUUCAGGUGUUUGAUAUCAGAUGUCUGAUGUCAGGUUCUGUUAUCAGACGUCUGGUAUCAGGUGUCUGUGUUCAGACGUCUGAUUUUAGGUGUCUGAUAUGAGACGUCUGAUGUCAGAUUUCUGAUUUGAGAUGUUUAAUUUUAAAUGUCUGAAUUAGAUGUAGGUUCUCAGAUGUCUGAUUUGAGAUGUCUGGUGUCAGACGUUAUAUGUCAGGUGUCGGAUAUCAGACGUCUGAUAUCAGGUGUCUGAUGUCGGACGUCUGAUGCCAGGUGUCUAAUGUCAGAAGUCUGAUCUCAGGUGAUCAGACGUGUGAUUUCAGAUGUGUGAUUUUAGAUGUCUGUUGUCAGACGGCAGAUUUUAGAUGUCUGAUGACAGACGUCCUAUUUCAGGUGUCUGAUAUCAGACAUCUGUUUUUGUGUGUCUGAUUUAAGACUUCUGAUUUUAGAUCUCUGAUGUCAGGUUUCUCAUAUCAGACGUCUGAUGUCAGGUGUCUGGUUUACAAUGUCUGAUUUUAGAUGUCUAUUGUCAGGUUUCUGAUAUCAAAUGUGUGAUGCAGGUGUCUGAUAUCAGACGUCUGAUGUCAGGUGUCUUAUAUCAGAUGUCUAAUGUCAGAUAUCUGAUAUCAGAAGUCUGAUGUCAGACGUCAGAUGUCUGAUAUCAGUCGUCUGAUUUCUGAUGUCUGAUGUCAGACGUCUGAUUUCAGAUAUCAGAUGUCAGUAGACGUUUCAUGUCUGACGUCAGACGUGUGAUGCUUGUUGUCUAUUCUCAGACGUCUAAUGUCAGAUAUCUGAUCUAAGACGUCAGAUUUGGGACAUCUGAUAUGAGACAUCUGAUGUGACAUGUCUGAUCUAUAUUGUCUAAUGUCAGCUGUCCGAUAUCAGACGUCUGAUGUCUGCUGUUAGACGUCUGAUAUCUGAUGUUUGUUGUCUCAUAUCAGAUAUCUGAUGUCAAACGUCUGAUGAGAGUUGGCAGGUGUCUGAUGUUAGACGUCUGAUGCCUGAUGUUUAUCGUCUAAUGUCAGAUGUCUGAUGACAGACGUCUGAUGUUUGUUGUCUGAUGUCACACAUCUGAUGUCUGACGUCUGAUGUUUGUUGUCGGAUGUCAGGUCUGUCAUAUCAGUCGUUUGAUAUAUGAUAUCUGAUGUUUGUUUUCUGAUGUCAGACGUCUGAUGUCAGAUAUCAGAUGUGGGACGUCUGAUAUCAGACAUCUGAUGUAAGACGUCUGAUAUCAGAUGUCUGAUAUAUGUUGUCUAAUGUCAGCUGUCUGAUAUUUCACGUCUGAUGUCUGAUAUCUGAUGUUUGUUGUCUCUUGUCAGAUAUCUGAUGUCAGACGUCUUAUGAGAUUUGACUGAUGUCUGAUAUCAGACGACUGACAUCAGACAUCAGACAACUGAUCUUUGAUGUCAGACGUCUGAUGUUUGUUGUCUGAUGUCUGACGUUUAUUCUCUAAUGUCUGAUGUCAGACGUCUGAUUUUUGUUGUCUGGUGUCAGAUGUCUAAUGUUUGGUGUUGGUUUGGAUCGUUGGAUGUCAGACCUCUCAUAUCAGACGUCUGAUUUCAGAUGUCAGAAAUCUAAUGUCAGACGUCUGAUGCUUGUCUGAUCCCAGACGUCUGAUGUCAGAUACCUGAUCUAAGACGUCAGAUUUGGGACGUCUGAUGUCAGACGUCUGAUUUCUAAUGUUUAAUGUCUAAUGUCAGCUGUCUAAUAUCAGACGUCUGAUGUAAGACGUGUGAUGUCAUUUGCCUGAUUUCUGAUGUCUGAUGUCAGAAGUCUGAUGUCUAAUGUCUAAUGUCUGAUGUCUCAUGUUUGUUGUCCGAUGUCGGAUGGGUGAUGUCCGAUGUCUGAUGAAUUUUGUCAAAGAUAACAUCCUCAUAGCGAUGUUGUUUACCAAUAUUGUAGAGUCAAACGUCUUAAAUACGGACACCAAAGGGAACAAACCAAGUGUCCACCUUACAGAGGCGUCCGUAUUAUAGAGGUGUCUGUAAGGAGAGGUUAGACUGUAUUCUUUCGUCAUACCUUUGAAACAAAGAAAGCAUUGAAAUAAAUGAGUUGUUUGUGACAGGAGAGACUUCGGACAUCAAACAUGGUAAUCAAAAAUCAAACAUCGAACAUCGGACAUCGAAUUUCAGACAUCGGACAUGGGACAUCAAACAUCAGACAUUGGACAUCGGACUUUAAACAUCAGGCAUCGGACAUCGGCCAUAAGACAUCAGUUAUCAGACAUCGAAGAUCAAAGAGAAACUCGAAACUUCACAAAGAAUGUACGUGCUCAUAAACGUUUUUGCCACCCAGCAAUUUCGUAAAUUUCGAUGGCUUACAAGGAGAUGAAAAUUGCACAAAACUCUCAAAUAAACCAACACUUUUGACUUUUGAACAAAUUUAAUGCACUGUCAUCCUCAUAUCAAACGUCUUACAAGCUUGUGUGUAAAAAGUAUUAAGUAUUAUUAUUGUUGUUUCCUAAUUUUUUGUCCUUUACCUUUCACAUAGGGUCAUUGAAGGAAUUUUCCGCAGUUUGAACAACUUAUUGGAGCAGUUCCAUCAAUCAUUCUUCUUCUAUCUCCUUCCUGAGUCUCAUAGAUACGUGUCUAUAGGUCUAUACAUGCCUCCAUUUGGUUGUCUUCUAUUGGGCCCUGUUAUCAUGGCAAUAACUCUCUGGACUUUAGCAGGGACUGGACCAGAACAUGAACCAAAGGCAGACACCCCACAAGUGGGUGGGGCGACUGAGGAGGGAUCUGAGCAAGGACAGACCGAGGUAGAAAGCACAGAGGAAAAAAGUGAACCUUAUGAAGCAGACAAGGUUGAGGUGGAGGAUAAGGUUUGUUUAAACCUUUUAAGCACCAAUAUCACAUCCAAAUUCUCUAUACCGAACUCUAUAAAUUUCUUUGAAGAACUACUUGAGAGAAUUUGUUCAAAGAUCAAAGCAUUUUCACUUAGGUGAUCACUUUAUCAAUUCUCAUUACCUUUUCCAUGGAAUAUGUAUUGACAUUGUUAGGAGAAAUUGAUGUUGGUCACUCUGAAUGAGGUGCUUCGUCGCAGGCUAGAGCACAAGAGGUUUUCAACUCUUUAUCCACACUUUAUUCAACAACAUAUAGUACCAGGAGCCCAUCACCCGGAGCGAGCAACUUCCAUGGGCUCGUGUCACGUCGUUUUCACGGACCAGUUCAUUUUUAGAACGGUUUUGGCGCAAAUUUCUAGUUGAAUAUCUUUUAAGUUCCACAAACCAGUCAGCAAAACCUACAGACCUAAAAAUGAUAUUUUUUGCCUUUUAAUUACGUUUAGUUUUCCUUUUUUGUCUUAUACUUCGAAUGCGCUCAUAGACUUGUUGGAGAUUCUAUUUUCGCCGGUAAAAGUACUCUAAAAUGUGUCUAAAAAUAAACUGGUUCGUAAAAACGCCGUGACCGAUGCCUAGUAUGGAAGUUGCUCGCACCGGGUUAUGGGCUCCUGAUAGUACAAAGAAGUACAAAAACACAGUGUUGAAAAGGGAAAAAAAUCCUAAAUAUGCACUGCAGCACCAUCCUAGUAGGAAACCCCAAACUACGUGAAGCCCUCAAACAUGUACAAAAGAAAUUCAAAACUUAGCUUGAAAUCUAGAAGCCUUUGCCUUAUUUAAUCAAGUCCGCAACAGAGGAUGUUUCUCUGAUAUCACGAGGGAGACGAUUCCAUUCUGCAACUAUUCUGUUCAUGAAACUAAAUUGAAAUAAAUUAGUCCUUGAAUAGAAGGCCACAAGAUUUGGAGUAUUCAUACUUCUCAGUACACAUCCCCCAUUAACAUCCUCAGAAAGCUAACUCCUGCUCCCGUCAAUUAACAACUUUUGCAAACUCUUAAUUCAAUUUGGCACAGACGAAUACUUGUAACGAAUAAUCAAUAAUUUUCAAGAGCUUUUAAGGGGUUUUCGCGAGCAAACAGUUUAUAUGUUAACAUUGAAUUUACAGGUUGCUUUCUUACGACAUCCUCCCAACAUGGGAAUUGUAGUUCCUGUUGUCAUGGCAACGCAAAUGGCCGGCGUGUUGGUAUUUUACUCUCCUGAUCUCGGUUACAAACUGGGUAAAGUUACAGGGGUGGACCCAUUGCAGUCGGCCUAUGCUGCAAUAGCUGGUUCCUUUCUUUCAUUAGUGCUGCUCCCUUUGAACAGAAGGUAGGCGUUGUAUCUGUUAUGAUAAGAGACGACUACACGUACGAGAUUUUCUCACUACGAAGCUGUGUGCGCGCGUGAACCAGCGUCAUUAUCGCGGGAAAACGUCAUAGCCGUCGUCAUUCUACUGCAAGUUUAAGCGAUAAUAGAGAGCUUUGGAUUUGAGGACGAGAACGAGUAUGAGUACGAGAUUUAACUUUAACUUUAAUUUUUUACGUGUGUUCUCAAAAAAAAAAAGACAUCCUGGAAAGCUUCAUUUUACUUUUUUCACCAAAAAAGUUAGUACAGUUAUUUAUACUGAAGGAGGUUAAGCCCUCUCCCGAUAGUAAAAUGAUAAAACUUCUUACAUUUGAUAACUUGUUGCCGCCACUACGACAUUCUCGCUAAAACUCGUAGUAGAAUGACGACGGCAAUCACGUUUUCUCGCCAAAAUGACGCUGGUUCACGCGUGAGCAAUUACGGCGUUUUUGAGAGACGCACGUCAACCGGAAGUGAGGCCUUCUCCCUUUUUACAUGCCUCGACGCUAACAAAUUUGUAUUGCUAAGUUUCUUUUCUCUUGUAAAGACGAUUUACCCGAGAGUUUCAACCAAACUUAACUGCCCAAUGAUGCAAAAAGUCCACUUCCGGUUGACGUCCGUCGCUCAAAAACGCUGUUGCUUAAGCUCCCUAUUGAGAAAAAUUUCCUACUCGCAAUCGUCCUCGUCUCAGAAUCUAAAGCUCUCUAAUGUCGUCGUGGCGGAAACAGGUUAACAAGUGUUAGAAGUUUUAUCAUUCUGCGAUCGAGAGAGGGCUUAAUCGCCUUCAACAAAAGUAGCAGAGCUAACUUUUCUGGUGAAAAAAAAAAAAGUACAAUGAAUCUUUCCGAGGUGUCUUUUUUUUGAAAAGACGCAAAAAAUGUUUAAGUCAAAUCUCGUCUCCGUAGUCGUCCUUGUCCUCGAAUCUAAAAGUGAUGUACAGGGGAAGAUUCGACACGACGAUUUUUAGCGUAAUACAGCGUUGCAAUUUUGGAACAGUGUUGUAACUUUUCGAAACAAUGUCGCAACAAUGUUGAAACGCUGUGUUGCGCUAAAAAUCGUCGUGUAACAUCACCUCAAGGUCCUUAAUAUGUUGUUUCAGCUGAUCUGGUAUUGUUAAGUUGAGUUCUCUUUUGAGUAGCCGCUUGGUCCAAAGUCACGCAACGCUCCCCGUUGUCAUUUAGUCAUUAUUAGUAAACUUACGCAACAGGACGAGAGAGGAAAGAAGACGGCAAGCCUUGUGUGACAAUCGUGACAAUAAUUUAGUUUGAAAUAACUUUUUUCGCCAAACUUCACUUCUCUUUAGACAGACCUUUUUGUGAAAGACCAGAAAACAUUAAUGUAAGCGAGGGUCACGACAAAACACGCAAGUAAUAGCCCAACGUUUUGUCGUCCUCUUCACUUUUUGUCGUCCUGUUGCGUAAACUCAUAUUUAGGCCCAAGCGGCUGCGAAAGAGACUGUGUAGAAGGAGAUCAUUUGGUAAUUAUUUUACUCAAUCACAGUAGAAGUAAACAAUUCAAUGAACCAAUCAGAACACGAAGCUAAUACAUAAAGCCUGCGUAAACCGCGGGAAAAUACGUAUGACAAAGUCGCGAUUGGCUCUCAUUCUUCUUUUGAUUAGUUGAAAAAAAUUACAGCGAAGUUUUAGCCAAAAUAAGACGAUGUAUGAAUAGUAUUUAAUUACAGUGGAAUCCGAUUAAUACGGACACGAAGUGUUGUUCUUGAAACAUGACAAUCGAAUCCACGACUUUUCUUUGUCAUUUACUGAUGGUCUUAGCUUGCCACUCAGCCAGGUGGACAGAACCUUUAAAAGGUCAUUCGCCGUUCCUGAAAGGUUUUUUUGACAUUCAGUCAUGGAGAGUCCGUAGAUAAAUAAUGUCUGUAAAGCGGGGCUGACGAUAUGUGGGAGUUUGUGAAUCGGGAUAUAGGCAAUAUCGGGAUAUCGUUGUCCGUUUUAACCGGUGUCCGUAAAUAGCGGGUUAAUCUAAGAGAAAAUGAAUGAGCUGUUGGUCGGGACAAACGAAAUUGUCCGUUUUGUACGGGUGUUCGCAUUAAGUGGGUGUCUGUAGAGCAGGGUUCCAAUGUAUCUAAGACUGGUUUUCAUUUCUCUCUUUCCUUUAUCAAGGUAUUCUCGUGAUACGAACUCCGGUGAUGUGAACUCGAGAAACCAUCACAUGCUCAAGUGUGGAGCGUUAAUUCUGUUUUCUGUUCUCUUGGGAGCCAUGGCUGCUAUGAACUUCUCUCUUGCUUUCUUUGUGGCUGUGUUUCAUGUUCCUGUGUACUUAUUCGUGACUCCUACCCCUAGUAGGUAAGUUGGACGGGCCUCAUCCUCCUUACUUCGGAUCAUUAUACGUCUUUGGGAAACUCACCACCUACCCCUCCCCUAAGCCAACAGUAACGCGUACUCCUCAGUUAGGGGUUAAUGUUGGCUAAGGGGAGGGGUAGUUGGGCAGCGGCAACAGGCUGACGCCUCUAGACAUUUUAGGGAGCUUAGGCAACGACGACGGCGACGUCAACGAGAACGGCAAAAAUGCAAUAAGUUUAGAAUAGCAAAACAACAACUUUGCACGUGCAUCAUGCUUUUUUGUACAUUUCUUUGCCGUCAUUGCACGAAUACGACGUGAAAAUGCCUAAUUUCACGUUUUGUAGAGGACGUGAACACAAUACAACGACUUUCUUUUUUCUUUUCCUGUACUUCGAUACAGUCCUUUAGAAUUCAGCCCCGGAAAAAAAUGCCAACAUUUGGUGAAUUGAACGCGAGGGAAUAAGAGCGACAAAGUUUGAAGCAGUGCAACUUUACUUUUUAAGUGACGUUUUCGUAGCCGUCGCCGUUGUUGUUGCUUAAGCUCCCAAAUGAUAAUAUGAAGGCUCUGGCAGAAUUAGCCUGCGAAUACAUUGUCUCUCCUCACUCCAAGCCGGUACGGACUUUUGUUAUUUAUUUAUUUAUUUAUUUAUUUUACAUUUGCCACAUAGAAUGAAUAUUACAGAAGGAAAAUGACAAAUAUAUAUUUAUAAAAUAACUAAGAUAGUACGCCCGCUCUGAUUGGCCGAGAGGAGUGUUUGCAUGAGAGUAUGAAAACAUGGUUGUGACGUCGAGUGACGUCAAGAUGUUUUGCUUUUCGCGCGUUAAUCACGCAGGCACAAAUUUGAAAAAGUUUUUGAGUUCAAAACUGGACAAGUUUACUUUAUUCACCCAUUCUUUCGUCGGCUGAAACUUGGAACAUCUUUACAAACAAGCUGUGUCAAUUUUGUUUUCGCUUAAGCUGACAUUUUAAGCGAGAAAAAUCCGUAUUUUGGAAAACAUCUUUUUGCAAAACAAGAACUGAUUACGCGUGCAAGCCUUCGUGUACACGACUUUGCGACUGGUAAGAAGUGCCAUAACAAAGAGUUUUGCGUUUUCUCGGGAAAGUUAUUUUAUAAAAGCAACAGAAAACUUUUUUCGUGUGUUUGCAUAGCCUGAUAUAAACACGAGGGGGUUGGGAGAAUUCCCGACAGUUAUGCAAACCCUCGACUUCGUCUCGGGUUUUCAUAACUGUCUCGAAUUCUCCCAACCCCUCUCGAGUUUAUAUCAAGCUAUGCAAACACGGAAAACGUUUUCUAUUGCUUAAACAUUAUUUCCAAGGUUGCACUUUUGUAAUUAGAUAGAGUUGCCAUAUCAUGGUCAGGCGAGUUUAAUUUAUAGCUCUCUCGAAGAGGUAUUUUUUUAAUGAAGUCUUGAAACUAGAGUAACUUGUCAGUUCCGUAAGAUUAUGGGGAAGGGAGUUCCAUAGCUUAGGUCCUAGAUGGAGGAUUGUGAACUGUUUAAUGUUUGUUUUACAGAAAUAAGGUCGGUAGUUAUUAGCAUUGCGAGUAUUAUAUGUGUAUACUUGGCGACUAGUAACAAAGGUGGUGUUAACCGUAUGAGGAAAGAGGUUAAUAUGAUAUGAGUACAUAAAACACCCAACUAGCGGCGAGUAGUGAUUAGAGACGGCUAUAUAUGCAGGUUAUGGGAGAAUUGAUUAUUACCAAAUUUCGCUUUUUGAUAGCAAUGUUUUGUCAAUCAGGGUGGUCGGAGCCCCUCAUAUUAGUUAUUCUCGGGAAACGAUCGGAUUUUCCGAUGUUUCCCGAAUUUCCAACUGUCCCAGACCGCAGAAUUCUCGGUUGCAGUCUUCCCACCAGCUGCCCGAAAAAUUCAAAAUGGCUACCAAAGAAAACACUUUCCACGCAUCGAUAAGUAGCCCGCUGCAAUAAAGUAAUCUUUAUUCAUUAUAACAAUCUAAUUAGAUGUAAGAGCCCACAGUGUACUCCUAGUACUUAAUGGCUCUGCAUCUCAAUCUUAUUUUCUGUUUGCAGAACUCGUCGCCUCCUGCAGGCUCUUCUGCUACUCCUGGUAUCUCCACCAAUGGUUCUCUUGCUGCUGUUACUAGGAUACAAUACACUCACGGCAGGGAUCGACGACGAUUUCGCCUCUGUACUAUCAGCCACUCUCAUCACAUUCCAUCAAGCCGUGACCUCAUCAAUCCGAGAAGCCCACUUGUUAGGCACGUGGUCAUACGCUAUGACGUGUCUCGGUGUUUUGCCAAACUGGCUCAUGUUUUGGUGUUUAGCGUGGUAUUGAGUACUUGGAAAAGGCACUUUAGACAUUUUAUCAAAUUGUGUUUUAUUUUUUUGGAGAUGGCGAUGGUUUCGUGAUCAGUGCGUUACAAUAAGGUCGCUUAUAGCACUUGUAAUUGCGUGUAGCUAACCGGUCAAGUUGCCCGAUAUUUUGUCAGGUGUACCACACAGAAAAAUAGAGUUCACUAAAGAGUCUGUAAUAUAUCUCGUUCUUUAAACCACCAGGAGACCACACAAGCGGGAUGUUGUUUAGUAUGAUAAAAUUUUGGGCGACUUAACUCUGAUUACGGGCGACAUAACAUUGGGAGAGAUGACUUUCGGGUGACUUGAACGCCUAAUUGCGUUCUUACCGCCGUGUUAUUUCUCUUUAGACUAGAAAAUUUACUCUUUUAUCUUUUUCAACUCCUUGGUUGUUAAACGCAGACCGCAGGCUGCCUUGUUAAAAAGGCAGUCUGUCUAGCAAGUUUCCGGCGCUUCAUCUUUCAUAAGACGACACGAGUCCGACUUAGACACGAGUCCGACUUAUCAAAGGCGCGUAACCAGGCUUUUUUCGCGCAAACUGUGCAAACACUUGCCCGGUUCAUGUGUGUACACGACUCGAUAUCAUUUUCUGAUCAGCUCAAGAAACGCUUCGGGAUUCCACAGGUCCCGUGUAAACGAAAGGCGGAUAUGUGCAAGUUUUUGUCCGUUCAAAAAUUUGUCCGGACCCGUAUAAACUAAAACGGUGUCUCAGUUUCAGGAAAUUCAGCUUCAUUUAGCAUAUUUAGCGAGUUGCAAUGAACGCGAAGGACUGAGGCCUAAAGAAUGCGGAAUCAUUUUACUAAUCGCGCUGUAUUUGUUUCUAAACCUUCCUGUUAGAAGAAAUGAGAAAGACGCGUCUGUGGACCAUCGCUUUAUUCAGAGAGAUAAUUUUUUUUCUUACUUGCUUUACGAUACAACGUGCUAAAUUUGAACUUUAAACAUCAUGUAGCGGUUCUUUUUAUAACAGUAUAAGUUUUAGAUAGGUUUCUUUCGUUUCUUGGUGACAUGUUUAUAAGCAACCACAGCAUAAACUACACAAAUUCUUAGGUAUCUUUGUAUAUGUAAGGAUCGGAAUGACAAGACAAACGUCGUGCUUCUGCCGUGCUAAGCUGGCUCGACUGUAGCUCGACGGCAGCACGACAAUAGCACGACUUGGUUUCAGACAUCGAAUUUAAUUCAGUCGAAUAGAACGGCUGUUACCGAAAACAAAACACAAAAAUAAAGAAACGGUUUUGCAAACUUUUAAAUUUAUCCUCAUGUAUUUAUAAUUUAUGAAUUGUGUUCGGCACGGCAGUAGCGCGACGUUUGAAACCAAGUUGAGCUACUGCCGUGUAGCACGGCAAAGCUUGCCGUGCUACACGGGAGUAGCACGACAAACGUCGCGCUACCGCCGUGCUAAAGUCGAAUUUAAUUCGAUCAAUUUAGUUCGGCACGGUAGUAGCACGACGUUUGAAACGGGCCUAAGGUAGCUAGGAAUAAAGUACAGUACUUUGCCAUGGCUUUUUCCUCUUUUCAAGUCAGAGUUGUUAAGUAAAAUUUUCAUUUUUACUUCUUAUUGUCCAGCAAGUUUUCUUUGCUAAGUCUUUUCAUGACACAUGAAAAUUAUCACUUUUUCAUCUAUACUACCAGGAAAUUUUGACGGCAAAACUUGUUAAGAUCAGUUUGCUAGUGGAACCUAAAGAAAAAUGCGGUGCUGACCUUGUGCUGACCCAAUACGAUUUUUUUAUUUGUAGGAACAAUUCACUGCAAAAGUUUUAACUUAGAAAUAAUUAAUUAAUUGUAGCUCAAUUAUAUUUUUCAAAUGUACCCUUUCUAGUGGAAAAGUUUGAACCGACAGAUGUGAUUUACUUAGGUAGACCGAAAUGUCAUCGAAAAUGCAUGAACCAAAAGGUCUAUAAACGAUCCUUAAAGUUGUCUGGUUGACGAUACCCGAAAAGUUUUCCAUUAUAAUACAAUUGUUUUGUUUUAACUGAAGCUUCAUGGUACGAAAAAAAUCUCACCUUGCGAGUUCACCUAAAGACUCACACUUCGUCUCGGGUCAGUAUGACACAGUUCUUUACAAAACAAAGGUUUUUGUGCUAGACUCAUGAAUUCAAGUCGGGUUGCCCGAGGAUAAUUCUCUGUUUUUCAUUAUACGUGCGCGAUAGGGCGGGAGUUAUGCGAGCAUGAUCAGGAGUUUUUGAUGUAAAAGAGUAAUGAUGAAAUAUUAGUUUCAGAACUCCGGUUAUCCGGUCUUUUAAGCUGAAACACAAGAGCGAACCAAAAACGAUCUCUCUGACGUGAGAAAAUCAAAGGCACGUCCUCAACUGAAUGGGCAAAUUUUCUUUUUGCUUUACCCAUGGAAACUCCCAUAGAUCUAGCUCCUUUUAUCUGAACAAAUCACGACAGGCUUCGAAUUCAAACCAAUAAUUAAAGAUGAUCUACCAACUACGGUUCAGUUCAAGUAAAGAAAGUGCUUUGCAUUGUGAUGUUUUAAAAAGUGUCUCAUCAGUUUUGCUCAAAUAUCGCACCUUUUAUCGCGUCGCUUACUUCGUUUAUAAUUAGAGGUGGGUUUUGUUCGGGCAAAAUGAGACCCUUGGGGCCAGAAAUGUGAAAAAGCACUCCAUUUUAAUGAAGAAGAACUGUCGUCGCUUUUUAAAAUAUUUCGUGGGCCUAUAGUGUGAAAGUUUUCACACACUUUUCAUCGGACUUUAUUUUCCUUAGAGAUACGAGGGAGCAAACCACGCGAAUUGAAGCACAAAAUAUCGCCUCGCGCGAGAAAACUCUGACAUACUCGGUGCGACAUUCCACGCACUCAGGUUUUACGCUUAAAAUAUUAAAGGAACUGUUUCUGACAACUGUUUAAAAGUAUCUUUAGCAAAGGACUAGUGGUAAAGAAGAGUCCCUGAACUUGAAAACGUCGCGGCCGCGUUUUUCGAAUUUGAUAGUUAUUUAGCCUGUUCCACGCUCUCAGAUAGUGGGGAAGACGCGAAAGUGAGAGGCACGCGGAAAGUUGGUCCUCCCGUUUUUUUAUUUUUUCAUGUUUGCGCUUUCUUAAUUCAGCAGAUCCGACUAUCUCGGAGCCUGGAACAGGCUAAUAGUUAUUAGGAAAAAAAAUUGUUCGAAAAAGCGUAAUUUAUUUUGGUCUGCUCAUAUCUAGCUAUAUCUCGUGGAAUAAACUGAUUCAUGUGUUUAACUGUUUUGAAAUAAAUAAUGACUGCACAUAAAAAGUGAAUCUCGCAGCACUUUCGUUAAAAAAAUUCUUUUUAUAUAACAUUACUUAACUGGAAACAUUUCUGAUUGGAAACAAUUCCUCUGUUAAAAUCCUCGUUUUAAAAACAGAGUUAAUUUCAAGCAAUUACUUUUGAUUAAGUAGCUAAACACAGUUUAAAUAGCUCCAGAAUUUUUUAAGCACACUCAACUGAUCCUUUCGCUUUUGACUUGACGAUAUUGAUGUAAUUGCUUUGUUUUGCAGUUUAUUGUGAGAAAAAGUCUCACCUCUAGAAGUAGGAUAACAAACUCGCACCUUGUCUCGCGUGGUCAAUUUUUAAAUAAAAGAACCGGCUAUCUUUUGUUGUAGCGUUUAAUUAGUGAAUGCAAAUGUUUAUGCCUUUUGUAAAGCUUAGAGUUUAUAACGGGCACGCUUACACUAGCGCUUUCACUUGACGGCUCAACUUGCAAAGAUAGAGUAUUACACUAGCGUUCAUCAUGAAGUUUUACACGAUGCUGUCACUAAGCGUUUUGGUUUUGGCCCUUGCUCAACAAGUAUCCAGCAGCAGGUAAGGGGAAUGUUCUACUUUAGCCACCUAGAAGUGUGACUCGGCAAACAAGCGUGUAAGGAUGCGUUUUCGACAGAGCUUUGCGAAUUACGGGGGACAAUUAUUGUGCCUGAAAUUUGGAGGGGAAAGCCUCGUACACAAGUGAUUUUGUUGUUUUUUGGCAUCCGUGUUAAGAUUAUUUUCUCAAAUAUGAGCAUAGAUGUGUAUACAAAUCCAAUAGUAAGGUGUUUACAACAAUUCACAAAAUUUGAUGCCGAUAUCAGUAGAACUGAGGCGCGAAAACGAGCGAAUCUCUGUGAUAGUUCUUAAUGUACGCUGCGUAUUGCUUGUGACAUAGUGCGUAUCUUUCAAAACUUUUCUUUGUCGUAGAUAGUUUCGCAGAUCAUCUGACAGAGGAUUAAUGUUUCUUGCGUCACUCUGAUUUCUAGCAGAUGUUUUAAACUUUUUGCCCAAAUCGAGUCAACCAUUUCACACGUAGAUGUGUUCUCUGAUUUUGCUUCCAAGGAGCGGAUUUGGCGUGAAGCUUUUUUCGUACUUAGGUUGUAAGACAGGUUGGACCGCGAAACUGGUGCAUGAAUUAGAAGAAUUUUAUGGCGAAAUUUUGGCGCUUUUUACACGUAAUUUGGGAAGCAAUGAUCACGUUUUCAAGAAUUAUGCAAAGAUGGGAAAAGUGUCCUGUUAUUUGCUCCGUGUUUCAUCAAAGUUAGAGUUCUUUGAAAUUUGUUUUAGUCUUUAUCAGCGUAGUGACCUGUAACUUAAUUUGUUUCAGAUCCAGUGGUCUGGACAGUACUCUUCGACAAAAGGUAAGUUUGCAAAUAAAUGAUAUUGAACUCCUAAGGCAUCUGAUCAAGAACUAGCUAGAAUUUUGUUUUUGAACAGCUCUGCCUGAUAUUGACUGUAAUCUCGCUUUACACCAGUUUCGCUAUGUCCAAUUCACUAUGUUCGAGUUCGUUACCUACAUACUAGGCUAGAUUGAGGUGUUAUUUAAAACAGUUUGCGGAAAGCCUAAUAUUUAGCGAACCGGUGUUGCGAACUGGGAGGUAGCGAAUUCACUUGGUUCACAUUGGUCGAUAGGUUUUUGAUUGUUUAAUACGUUAUCACCCUUUGAAGUCGAGUUAACACUAUUACUUCGCAUAGUUUAGUUAUAUUGGAACGAGCAAUAUUCAUGCCGUAUCAGUGUUUUUCGUGUUCGCGCGCUAAAUAUAAUUCAAGUUAUCGAAGUUGUUGAAGAGUCUCAUUGCUUGUGAUUUUCUUCGAGUAAAUUAGUAUAUAUAAAACAAAUCUCUUCAGUUAUUCCAUUACAUUAUUAGAUUAUAUCGUGUACUAAUUAUUACCUUGUAAAUUUUUUUUUUUUAGAAUUAUCCCUUGUUACUGAGCAUUGUGAGAGAAGGAGGACGCCGCGGGUUGACGGAAUGUCGACGACAAUUUAAGACAGAGAUUUGGAAUUGUUCCCUUGGAAACAAGAGAGUGUAUACACAGUUGCCCAUCUUCGUUAACACAGCACUUCCUUAUGGUAAGUUCAUGUUUCAUCGUUGUAGUGCGUAAAAAUGAUGCUUAGUUUAGGACAAAAAAGGCGCAAUUAGGUUCGCAGCAAAAACUUUGAAGUUUGUCUCUAGCGUAUAAAGCAUACACCUUUGAACGAGUAAACAGAAUUAAGAACAGUCUUUUCUAUGACUUGUAAGUCCAAAAAGUUAGUUUUUGGACUGAAGACGUUUGUAUCUUUUUAUGUCAGAAUAUUGUUGUUUUCCAAAAAGAAACACAAGUCGUUUCAUUUCUAAUGUUUACCCGGUGUUUCGGGAGACGCAUGCGCAAAUGGACAUAAUCUCAUAAGCAACCAAUCUUUUGGUGAUCUGGCUACUUAAGAUCUUGAGCCUAGCUACCGCGUAUCUUUUGAAGUGGUGGCUUUUUAAAUUAGGCGAAGCAGUUGAAAAAGUGCGGGUUCUUUUUGUUUUCAAUUGGUUGAAUUGUUUAUUAUAUCCAUUAGAAAUGAAUGGUAAUUCUUGUGAUCUGUUUGCUCUCAUCAAUGUGACUUAUUCACGAAUCGCCAAAAUUUUUGCUCAACAACAAAAUACAUUGUUGUUGUUUUUGCUCCAAAUCGGUUCAUUUCCGUUUGAGAUGAAAUAAGAUGUAAAAACGUUCCGCUUAUUUUUUGCACCCGCUAGUGGAUCAAUAAAAAUGUUGAUACUUACUAAAAUUCUGUAUCCAGUGAGGGAUUUCAAAAUGUUUGUAGUGAAAGUUGCGUGUCAUUCACUAUUGGUCUAAAAUCAUACCGUACUUUGAUUCUCAAUAGAACCUUCUGCGCGCUCGUUCGGUUUUGAAAUCACGGGUAUAGUUUCAGACCAAAUUGUACUUCACUUAAUUACAAUAUCAUUAUGCACAUUUCUUUAAUUACAGCCACGAAAGAAACAGCUUUCCUUCACGCCAUCAGCAGCGCUGCAAUCACCCACGAGAUAACGCUCCAAUGUGCUCGGAACAAAAUUCCUGGCUGCAGAUGCGGGAAAACGAAAUCAAGGAAGCGGGGAAACGCUGACUGGCAGUGGGGCGGAUGCAGCGACAACAUGAAAUACGGCGAGAAAGAGACAAGACGCUUCAUCGACAAACUAGAGAAAGGAAAUGACGCACGUACAGCAUUCAACCUGCAUAAUAAUCAUUUGGGAAGAAAGGUAGGCUGGUAGCUUGAAAUUAUCUAAUAAAAAGUUAAGGGACGGUUGCUGGGAAAAAGUGUUAAAUUUUCAAUUUCCUUUCCGAGAAUCCGUAGACGGCUUUAAGUUAAUGAGGAGUUUGGUGCAUAAUAAUAGCACAUAACUGGUGAUCCUUGCGAUCUGUUUGCUCUCAUCAAUGUGAUUUAUUCACGAAUCGUCAAAAUUUUUGCUCGAAAUCGCUUCAUUUCUAUUUGAGAUGAAAUGAGAUCAAAAGCGUUCCGUAUAUUUUCAAACGGGCAAUUGGUUCAAUUCCACAAAAAAAUCAUGCUGUAUGACUUAGUUUGCGGAGCUGAUGGUUUUCGCGCGUUUUGUCUUAACAGGCUGUUCGCGCAAGUCUCCAGAGGAACUGUAAAUGCCAUGGCGUCACCGGAAGUUGUAACUUGAAGACAUGCUGGAAGCAGCUUGCCCCGUUUGAGAUCGUGGGAUCAGCGUUAAAGCAGAAAUAUCGCACAGCGACUCAAGUGACGUUCCUAAACAACAAUCUUCAAGAGCGAGACAACCGCAACCGCUACAGUCAGGUAACAAGAAAAGACCUCAAGCUGGUUUAUCUUGACUCGUCCCCAGACUACUGCGUUCGAAACAUGACCGUGGGCUCUCCUGGAAUGCUGGGAAGGACAUGUAGAAGUGACAUUGUGUCCAAUGGACAAUGCCAAUCGCUUUGCAAUUCUUGUAACCUAAGGCACCGCACAAAGGAACAUUCCAAACAGGUUAAGUGCAGAUGUAAGUUUGUAUGGUGCUGUACCGUUAAAUGUAAGCUUUGCACUGAAAAGUAUUCGCUCACAACUUGCGUUUAGUCAUUCUGAACCAAGCAAUUUUUCUCUCACAAGUUGUACUUAGUUUUUAAUAUGUGAUGUAAUGACUGAUAAGUUUUCCAUCAAGUUAAACUUGUACAUAAAUGCACAGUUACCGUUAAAUUCGACUUUUGAUUAGGUAAGAGCAAUGUAGCGACAAG